UUUUUCACCUAUCCCACUACCUCUAUAUUUUAAUACUUUUCCCAGUUUUUCGUAAAAAACUCUGAAGAAAUAAAACAAGUAUCUAACAAUGUAAGGAGUACUUUAAUUACAGUACUCCGUAGGAAAAGUUGGCCGAAAUUGUUGAAGUUCAAUUUAAUCUCUCUCUCCAGUUUCUCCCACCAAAAGUCAGAAACUAGGUUUCCCCAAAAUUUCCUUCAUUUCUUUCAACAAUUUCUCCCAAAUUCUCUCGUAAACUGCAGUACUGAUUUCUUCUUUCUCUAUCGCUAGAAAUUUAUCAACUUCACUUGCCAUUAACAUGUCGUUUCAAGGCAAGAAACUCAUCAAUGAUCCCAAUGCCGUGGUGACAGAAUUCAUUGAGGGACUGGUGGAAACUUACCCUGGAUUGCAGUAUUUGGAUGGUUUUCCGGAGGUAAAGGUUGUUUUGCGCGCUGAUGUGUCAAGCUCAACUUACGAUCAUGUGUCUGUUAUAUCAGGAGGUGGCAGUGGUCAUGAGCCUGCUCAUGCUGGAUUUGUGGGUCAAGGAAUGCUUACUGCUGCUAUAUGUGGGGAUAUUUUUGCCUCUCCUCCAGUGGAUUCAAUUCUGGCAGGUAUCCGAGCUGUAACUGGGCCCAAGGGAUGCCUUCUAAUUGUCAAGAAUUACACAGGGGAUCGCCUUAAUUUUGGUUUGGCAGCUGAACAAGCAAAAUCUGAAGGUUACAAAGUCGAGAUGGUCAUAGUAGGAGAUGAUUGUGCUUUACCUCCUAGAGGGAUAGCUGGACGUCGAGGUUUGGCGGGAACUAUUUUCGUCCAUAAGGUUGCUGGAGCGGCAGCUGCUGCUGGUUGCUCCCUUACUGAAGUUACAGCUGAAGCUAGAAGAGCAUCUGAAAUGGUUGGAACUAUGGGUGUUGCAUUAUCUGUGUGCACCCUUCCUGGUCAAGUCACAUCAGACCGUUUGGGCCCUGGGAAAAUGGAGCUUGGUCUUGGAAUACAUGGAGAACUUGGUGCUGCUGUGGCUGAUUUGCAACCUGUCGAUGUGGUUGUUGCUCAUGUUCUUAUGCAAAUAUUAUCACCGGAAACUAAGUACGUGCCUAUUGAACGCGGAAAUAAUGUAGUCCUCAUGAUUAAUGGGUUGGGUGCCACUCCUGUGAUUGAACUGAUGGUUGCUGCAGGAAAAGCUGUUCCUAGGUUGCAGUUGGAACAUGGACUUGCUGUUGAUCGAGUGUAUACUGGCUCUUUUAUGACUUCCCUUGACAUGGCAGGAUUGUCAAUUACUGUCAUGAAGGUUGAUGAAGGAAUUCUGCAACGAUUAGAUGCUCCAACAAAGGCUCCAGCCUGGCCUGUUGGUUUGGAUGGUAACCGCCCACCUGCAAAGAUUCCUGUCCCAGUUCCACAAUCUCCAUUAUUAAAGUGCAAUGAGCUCUCUACUCGGCCACAAGAAUUAAGUGAACAAGGUCAUACUCUUGAGGUAGCUAUUGAAGCUGCAGCCAGUGAAUUGAUCAAUAUGAGGGAUGCUCUUAAUGAAUGGGAUAGUAAAGUUGGUGAUGGUGAUUGUGGAUCUACUAUGUUUCGCGGUGCUUCUGCAAUUUUAGAAGACAUGAAAAAAUAUUAUCCUUUGAAUGAUGUAACAGAGACUGUAAAGGAGAUUGGAUCUUCUAUUAGAAGGGUCAUGGGAGGGACAAGUGGUAUAAUAUAUGACAUCCUCUUCAAGGCAGCAUAUGCUGAAUUGAAGUCUACCAACCAGGGCACAGUUACAUCUAAAGAAUGGGUGUUGGCACUUCAGGCCGCUAUUGCUGCUGUGAGUAAGUAUGGAGGGGCGAGUGCUGGCUACCGCACACUAUUAGAUGCUCUUAUUCCAGCUUCAGAAUUACUUCAAGAGAGACUAAAUGCUGGGGAUGAUCCUGUCGAUGCUUUUGCUCUCUCAUCUGAAGCUGCUAUUAGUGGUGCAAUGUCUACCAAGGACAUGCCUGCACAGGCUGGCCGCUCAACAUAUAUUUCCAGUGAUAUUCUAGCUUCAGUUCCAGAUCCUGGUGCUAUGGCUGCUGCUUCAUGGUAUAAAGCAUCAGCUUUGGCUGUCAAGAAGCUUCAACGGACUUCAUAGUAUACUCCAUCUGUUGCAAAGUUUUCUUUCUGCCCCCUUUUCGGCCACUCAACCUAUACUUCCUGUGAUAUUUACCUUCUGUUCCAGAUCCUGGUGCUAUGGCUACUGCCUCCUGGUAUAGAACAGCAGAAUUGGCUGUCAAGAAGUUUUACCAAACUUGAUAGUCUAGUUUAUUUGUUGCCAAGAUUUUUCGUUGCCCCCCUUUUUUUGGCCGCAGAGCUAAAUUGAUGUAUAAUCUUGUGCAUAUGACAACUGCAGUUGACAUCAGUUCAUCUGCUUACUUCUAUGUAUCCUUGAAUCAAUCAGAUUUUACUGUUACAAUCCAUUGGCUUCCUUUGAGAAUGUGUUUUACUCUUGUCUGAAUUUAAUUUUAUACUAUUAUGUGCCCGUGUUGCUGCA